AUGGCGCUCCUCCAACGACCACCACCCCGGGGCCAAGGAGGACCGGGUUUAGGAAUACUCGGGGGACGACGAUCGUCGUUUCGAAAGAAAUGUAUCCUUUUCAAGUGGUUCCUCUUGUUGUGCCUGUUCGUGAGCCUUUUCCAGCGCUUCAACGUGCGCGAGGAAGAGGAGGCGGAGACGAUGAUUCAAAGACGGAAACGACGCGAGGACAGCGGCAAAAGCGAUGUUUUGAUGGUGCCGAUGGAAGAGGAGGACGACGAUAAAGACGAGGACAGAAACGAGGACGAUUCAGACGACGACGCGAUGACGACGAUAAAGACGAUGAGAGGAAAAGGAGAUGGAUUGGUUUCGAGCAUGCUCCGAGAGCGAGAUUUAGACAAAUUCGGCCGAGGAAGCGAAUACGCGUACGCGAACGAAUCGGAUAAGGAUUAUUCCUCGGUAAUCGUAGCGAAAGACAACGCGUACGGGGAGAAGUACGACGUGAAGUUUACGGACGUGAACGGGAAGAAGACGCAUUUUCAGAUGGGAGAUGUGUUAGGGGAGAUAUUGCCGGAGGAAGAGCGCCGGGCGACGAGGACGCACGGGUCGUGCGCGCUGGUCGGGAAUAGCGGGACGUUGUUGAAGUCUUCGUUCGGGGAGGAAAUCGAUGGGCACGAAGCAGUCAUGCGGGUGAAUUUCGCGCCGGUGAAGAAUUUUAAGAGGGACGUGGGAGUGAAGACGACGUACGAUUUUAGCAAUCGAGAGAACGCUCGACGGUUGGUCGAGAAAGGGUGGGAGAAUUCGAGACCGGACUCGGUGGCGUUAUUUUUUGAAGGGAGCUCGCCGACGAACAGGAAACGGAUAUUUGAACCGCUGGUGAAGAAGUACGGGAAGAGUUUGAAGGUGCAAUUUUUGCACCCCGGGUUUGUCAAUCGAGCGCACGAUUUGUGGAACGCUCUGAAAGAAAUCAUCGAGAAGGAAAAGAACAAACAGUUUCACGAUAAACCGAUGAGCGGGUGGUACGCGGUGAACUUUAUGAUGCAACGGUGCGAGAGUUUAGAUUUGUAUGGUUUUGAGCCGUACACGAGUAAAGCGAAAGCGACGGCGCCGUAUCAUUACUUCGAUCAAGUGCAAGGCGUGGUGAGCGUGCACUCGUUCGAUUUCGCUGUGUUUGCGUACCAGAAGUUUGCCAAAGUGUUCCCGUUGAGGAUUAGGACGAAGAGCGGGUGGAUAGGCGCCGCGGAGGAUUGA